AUGCCGCCCAAAGCAUUACGCUUGUGGGCUUUGCUGUGUUUGGCCUUGGUCGUCCAGUUUGCAGUUUCGCAUAGUUUUGCUAUUCUUAAGAGAGAUGACGGUUCGCCGCCCACGACUAUACCAGCUUCAUCGUCACCAGCACCGUCGGAGACCAAUUCCGCCGGACAGGGCGGUGAUGGAAAAGAUCCAAAAGAGACAAAGGAACGUUCGCCUUCGUCGUCGCCAAGUCGCGCAAGUGGCACUAUUACCGACGCGUCAAUUUCCACACACCGUCCGACGAGUACUCCUCUGCCCACCAUUGCAACUAAUGGAUCCUGGGACAACGCCACAUUCUUCAACGCAACGAUACCGAACGGUCAGCUACCACUACCGCCCCAACUUACUCCUGGCUGGGGCGUCGCAGGCAUCACCAUGCUCGUGACCGGAGGGACUUAUACACUUGUUGGCAUAAAGAACAGAUGGAUCCACACAUUCUUCUCAACUGCAUAUAUGACAGCCCUUGGCGUAGCAGUGUUGAUCGUGUACGUUAUGAAUGUUCCCGUAAGUAACGCGCUGCAAGGUGGUUACGUUGUUGCUGCGAUCACGUCAGGUUGCGCCGUCGGCGCUGCAGCAAUGUUCUUCAAGGAACUUACCGAAGGUUUCGGAUGUGCUCUCGGCGGAUUUUGCAUCAGCAUGUGGCUUCUCUGUUUGGUUCCUGGCGGACUCUUGCAAACAGUUGCCUCGAAAGCCAUAUUUAUUGCCGUGUUUACAGUCGUUGGAUUUGCAUUCUACUUCAGCCGAUGGACACGGGACUGGGCUCUGAUUAUCAUGAUAUCCUUCGGGGGUGCUACAGUCACUAUUUUGGGCAUCGAUUGCUUCAGCCGGGCUGGACUCAAAGAAUUCUGGGCCUAUGUAUGGGACAUCAACGACAACCUGUUCCCCCUUGGGGCGAAUACCUAUCCCGUGACAAAGGGUAUCCGAGUCGAGACAGCAGCUGUGGUAAUCAUCUUCUUGGUUGGCAUAAUUUCGCAAAUCAAACUGUGGAGAAUUGUCCGUCAGAAGAGAGAGAAGAGGGCUGUCGAACGCGCCGAGGAUCAACGCAAUUUGGAACAUGAGGAAGAACACGUUGGACGCCAUAUUGAAGAGAUGAAUGCUCGGGAACGGCGGAGAUGGGAGCGAGCAUAUGGAGAGGGGAGCGUCACAGAGUCGCGCGCAACCGAAAUUGAAGAUGCGGGGAGCGAAAAGAGACUCCGUUCCAGCUAUGUUGGAUCAAACCAACGUAAUUCUGGCGAGGUCAUCGAGAUGGCAGACAUGUCAGAGUCGGAUUCAUCGAGAAAUGGACAGUAUGUACUGAUGACGACCGAGGGCACUGGCGAGGGAAAGAUCACAGUUCGGGUGGCUUCCGAGGACGGCCCUGAGUCAACGACGGAUGUUGAGGAAGAACGCCUGGACGAAAAGGGGCCCUCAAGGAUCGAAGGGAGGGUGCACACAGACGGGAAACGACACUCGAGGGGAUCCACGGCUGGUAAACGGGCCUCCCAUGCCCACAGAGCAACGGCCGUGCCAGAAGUGGUACCAUUGCCGUUUACUAUUCCUGAAGCAGCUGAUUCUGCGUCCGAGGGAGACCGAUCUUCGAUCGCGACCUUUGCAGAUGAUGUGGAGGGGACAGCAGCAGAGCCAUGGAAGCACAGGUCUCUCGCCAAGAGGCUAUCUCGUGGAUCUGUGAAACUCUUGCGAAGCUUUUCUCAGAGAUCCGGUCGUACAGGAGGUGUAGGAGGCGACUUGACCCCCGAUACAGGUGACAGCACCGAAGAGCUUGUUUUGGAAAAGGCCUGCAGACGCGAGGAUGACGAAGAAUCCAUGGCAGCUACUAUUGAUGAUGAAAGCGUCAGCGGAGGAAAUUGUCAUUCAGCAAUUGGUGAGGAUGAGCUGCGCAACUCCCACGAGAAUGACGAAACGAAUGGACGGAGCAUUGAGAUUAACGCUCAGCUCGGUAAGAAAGACGACAUCCCACGACAGGCUGUCGAUUCGGCGAAGCCCAAAAGCAGCUCUGGUCCAACGUCAACAAAAGCAGCCUCCAGCCCAGUCGUUGGUGCUCGCGAGCCGGUUGAGGAUACCGCAACGCCUAGAGACGUAUUACCAAAGCCGGAGGACGAGACUGCGGAAUUCGAUGGCGAACCGGCGGCCGAUUCGCGUCCACCCGAAGCUUCGGAACCAGCCAAGUCGGUUGCAACAGUUUCAUCGAUACCUGUCAGCUUGACCAAGGAUCGCCUGCCUAGGUCGUUUUCAAAAGCCGCCAUGUCGUAUAGGACGAAUGAGUGGGCAAAGCACUUGAGCAACGCGGAGUGUCCCGAACCUGAUGCCCUUCAAGUGGGCACUGGAGGAGCGAGCGCCGAGGCUCAAGACUCCGGCGAGAAAGCUGCUCCCGUUAAUGUCGAAGAGCUCCAGACGACAGCUACGGACGGGGCUCCCGCGCCGGCUACGAGGCGACCAAUUUCUCAAGCUUCGGACGUGGUGAAAAAUACUCACAUGAGCAAACGCUCCUCAAAACAAGAACAACCACCUUUACCCACACGUCUCACACAGCCGACACCUCCCACAGCAUUAGAAACGUCCGUUGAACAGCGAACAUCACUAUUGCCCGUCGUAGCACCAGCAACUCUGCCCCGGAAGUCUUCUAGCUUUCGGCAUUCGCUGUCUAAUUGCAUGCCCAUCGCCGAGGAGAACGCGUCUCAAGCUGCAAAUUUACCCAUCGUUCAAGAUGAAGCAUCUGAGGAGCAGCAGCAGCAGCAGCAGCAGCAGCAGGACCCAGCUUCUCGCAACGCGUCAGCAAUUGUUCUAGACAGUCCUCGGGCAGCAGCAACAAACCGAUAUCCAACGCCAGGCGUAGUUUCGUAUUCGAGUCCUCAAACUCUCAUGGGGCAACGCGAAAUGUUCCUCCGAAACAAGUCUCAGGGAAGUCUGUUGAGCACACCAGAAACCGCGAAUCAGGGACCUGGCAGCGACGCCGGCUCGCUUUUCAACUACCCAAUGUAUGCCGCCGCCCUCAGCGUGCCCGAUCCUGACGAUGUUCCUCUUAGCCAGCGAAAGGAGAUCAUGCGCCAAGGCAGCUUCAUGUCCUUGUCGCGCUCGCCGUCCCAAUCUGUAAUAGCAUCGGCACAGCCCACGUCCGCCUUUGAGAGGUCUGAAAGCGCCGUCUUCGACUCCCAUCAACCCAAGAGAGCAUCUACGCUUCCCACACAGGCUGCACGAGAGGCCCAGCUGGCCAGUUUCCGGCAAUCCGUGCAGCAUGAACUCCGUUCGGGAACACCAAUCAUGAUGCCUUCGGGGCGUGAGCCUUCAUUCAAGUCGUCGACUUUAUUAAGUGGCGGUCGAGAGGCAGAAGUGCAGCGCAACAUCGAAAUGCAACGGAGUGUUCUGAUGGGACAGAAAGAGGCAGAAGCUCAACGCAGAGAGAUGCAGAGACGGGAGAGAGAAUACGCAGACCGCGCAUUUGACGAGCGGAUGCGAAACGGAGACAUGCUCGACGCUCACCGAGAAGCCAUGCGCAAAUUGCAGAAAAGUGCUCGCUAA